UAAAGCUCUUUGAGUAAUAAUAAUCAGUUUCACAGGUUAGAUGUAAUCGCAAGAUAGCUUAUACUUCAGACUUCUUCGGAGAAUAGUAUAAAUAGUACUUGACAUCAUCGUCAACAUCAUCAAAUACUUUUUACUUUCAAACGUUGGUAAUAGGUACAGCGGAAUAAAUUAAGUAUGGCAACCAAUGGCAACUAUGACGCUUGUCAAAAUGUCAACGGUUUAAAUUUAAUGUAAACAUGAAACUUUUGGAUAAAUUUACUAGUUAUCAAAUAAGGCGCAUAGUACAGUGCGCCGUGGCAAAGUGGAUGCCACGGGCAUACGCAGACUGAACGUCAGAACAUCUCUAUUCUUGAAAACUGGGUUUUCUAACCUAGACAUUUCUCUUAAGAUAACACUCACGUCUCCCUGUUGUUACUUAUACACUACUUUUAUUCUUUACAAUCGAGAUUAAAAAUAAAGUCUGUUCUAUUAAAUGUGAGUUACAUUUAUUACAACUAGUUGGAUUUGAAGACGUACUGCAUAAUGGUCAAUUCUAGUCUUCCUGAUUUAUAGAAAAAAUUUCUAUUGCAAUUUUUAUAAGUUUUAUUAUUAAUUAUGGAGACUAGAUGGUAUAAUGCUAACAAUGCGGAAUAAAGCAAUUGGUUUUGUAUUUGCUACGCUUAUGCUUUGGGCAACAGUAACGUACCUAGUUAUUUUUUAUGAGUCUACGGAUACCGACGAAGAUAAAAGGACCCAGCUUACACUGCAGAUUGAUAAGUUAGAAGAAGAGUUGAAUCUUUUGAUAGCAUCAAAUGAGAAACUAAUACAAGAACUUCAGUUGAAAUAUGCAAAUAAAAAUGACAACUUUAAAACAGCAUUCACAGACUACGUAACAGGAAAAGAGACUAUCUUGGAUAAAAGCCAAGACUCCAUAAUAAAGUCAAAUAAUGAUCAAGGUAAAAAUGUCAUUCUACCAUUGACGCAUAACUCGAAUAUCACGCAACAACAGGAUUCACGCAAGGAUAAAGUAGGUGACUCCAAAGUAAAUGUUGAGUUGAUAAAUGGCCAGCCAGUUAUUGCUGUAUUAGUUAUAUCUUGUAAUCGUGUGACUGUACGUAGAUGCCUAGAUCAAUUGAUAAAAUUCAGACCCAGUAGUGAACAGUUUCCUAUAAUUGUUUCUCAAGACUGUAACCAUUCUCAAACAUCACAAGUUAUAGAAAGUUAUGGACAGAAAAUAAUCCAUAUACAACAGCCAGAUCAAAGUGAUAUUGAUGUUCCACCAAGGGAAAAAAAAUUUAAAGGAUAUUUUAAAAUAGCCCGACAUUAUGGAUGGGCAUUAAAUCAAAUUUUCUUUAAAUUUGGUUUUAACGCUGCAAUCAUUGUUGAAGAUGAUUUAGAUGUUGCACCUGAUUUCUUUGAAUACUUUUUGGGUACUCAUCCUAUUCUUAUGUCAGAUCCUACGCUUUUUUGUGUAUCAGCCUGGAAUGAUAAUGGAAAAGCAGAUCUAGUUGAUCCUAGAAGUCCUGAUUUAUUGUAUAGAACAGAUUUCUUCCCUGGCUUGGGAUGGAUGCUAACUAAAAAAUUAUGGGAGGAAUUAUCACAGAAGUGGCCGAAAUCCUAUUGGGAUGAUUGGAUACGACAACCUGAACAAAGGAAAAAUAGAGCAUGCAUUAGGCCAGAAUUGUCUCGCACACGAACCUUUGGGAAAAUUGGUGUGAGCAAUGGAUUGUUUUACGAAAAACACUUGCAAUUCAUAAAACUAAAUGAGAAUUUCGUGCCUUUUAGUAGAAUGAAUUUAACACAUUUAAUCAAAGAAAAUUACGAUCUCUCAUUUGUAAACCAAGUAUAUAAAUCAGAAGUAAUAACGUAUGCUGAUUUGAAGAAAGGUAAAUUUAAUUCCCCUGGGUCAGUAAGGAUACCAUAUCAUACACGUCAGACCUACAAAACUACUGCAAAAAUGUUAGGUCUCAUGGAUGACUUUAAGAGUGGUGUUCCAAGAACUGGAUAUCGAGGAAUAGUAUCUUUUUUUUAUAAUCAACAACGAGUAUAUUUAGCGCCAAGUGCCAGCUGGUCUGGAUAUGAUCUUUCAUGGAGUUGAAAAGAAGUUUAUUGAAAUUUCUACUUUUUUAACCUGUUAAAAUUAUUUUAUACAUGUAUAAGUUUGUAUAAAGUUCUACAGCGUCAGUUUAAUGAAAAAUGUAUACAUAAUUGAUUAAUAAAUGCAAAUAUGAAAAUUUAUCUCAA